GUUGAGGAGCACAAUGGCCACAUCUUCAAGUCCACCCAGUACAGCAUCCCCACCUACUGCGAAUACUGCUCCUCUCUUAUCUGGAUGAUGGACAGGGCCUGCGUCUGCAAACUACGACCUGGAGCUGUCGUCCAGGCAGUUUGGCGUGGAGUGUCUCGUCUGACCAGCGAGGAGAGGACCGUGCCCCUGGUGGUGGAGAAGCUCAUCAACUACAUCGAGAUGCACGGCCUCUACACAGAGGGCAUCUUCAGGAAGUCUGGCUCCACCAAUAAGAUCAAAGAGCUGCGGCAGGGGCUGGACACAGAUGUGAGCAGCAUGAACCUGGACGAUUACAACAUCCACGUCAUCGCCGGAGUGCUCAAACAAUGGCUCCGUGACCUGCCCAACCCUCUGAUGACCUUUGAACUGUACGAGGAGUUCCUCCGGGCAAUGGGCCAGCCAGACCAGAAGGAAGUAAUCCGAGGGGUGUACUCUGUGAUCGACCUGCUCAGCAGAACCCACCUGAGUACCCUGGAGCGCCUCAUCUUCCACCUGGUCAGGAUCGCCCUUCAGGAAGACACCAACCGUAUGUCGGCCAAUGCCCUAGCCAUCGUGUUCGCCCCCUGCAUCCUCCGCUGCCCCGACACCAUCGACCCCCUGCAGAGUGUCCAGGACAUCGGCAAGACCACCGCGUAAGACUCCCUCAUGGUGCUUCUCACACAGGGCUCGUCGUUCCUGGUUCUGGAAGGCAGAACUCCAGGACCAGAGUCAUAGUAAACAACCUCUGUCUGUCUAUCUGUCUCUCUCUCUGUCUGUCUAUCUGUCUCUCUCUCUGUCUCUCUAUCUG